UGCACUGGUGUGGUGUGAAGUUUCUGCCUUCGCUCCAAAUCCUUACGGAGGUUUCCUUUCGAUCCCCGUUCUGCGGUGUGGCCAGCCGUGUGCCAAAAAAAAGGGAACCAAUGUGCUUUAGAUGGAGCUUAGUAUUUUACCAUACAAGGGGUACGAAAAACGAAUGAAAAACGGAUUCCUUUGUUGUGUGACGAACGUUUUUGGAUAGGGUUUAUGUUUAACGAGGGCGAGGGUACUUGGUGCUUGGUGCAUUUAUGUUGACCAUGCACGACAAGGACGCGGGCUCUGGUGUGAAUCUGCAAAUGAAGUUAUUAGGCGUACUUGCUAUAUCUUUUCUACCAGCCCGAGCAAACAAACCGUGUGGUCGUUAACGAGAAAUACCAAAUACAGUGGCUACAGCAGUGUUUACAAACGCACCAAAAGAAUACACCAAACAGUGAAAGUAGUAAUCUUAAAGCAAAAAUUAAAAAACCAACGAAAGCGCUUCUGAUUGCAUAGCGUCAGGCGUCAACAUGCUUCAAAGUCGCAACCAUCAACGGCCCAUCAUCAACAAUCUCAUCGGCAAAGGAGUCAAUUCAACCAGUGCAUAAAAGCCUAAAAGGAUAUACCGUAAACGGGCGUUUGACAUGCAGGAAUGAUUGAAGGCCCAGCAAAGAAUCCAGCAGGAACUGCUGCCGGGUGUGCGAAUAGUGAAGCGAAGCGAUUACAACGUUCCUACCAGUAAAACAAUAGUGCAAUGAGUCGUGCUAGAGAGUAGUAGCUGUUCGUUAAGAACGUUCAGUCCAUACGCGCAAACGUUAAGCGUUGACGGGGGCAAUAGAUCACACAAUUUAGUGUCAACGAAAGGUUAGGGUUCGGGUUUUGAAGGAUCUGUAAUCUGAUCGGCACCCGGUACUAACCUUAACCAGUGUGCUUAAGCAAGGCGUGUUCAUCAUGAGGGCGAUCAUGCCUACGUCGGGAGAAACGCUUCGGGCAUGGCUGCUGUCAGCGCUGGUCGUGCACGGUGCAGUCGCCGGUAAUCCGGACGCCAAGCGGCUGUACGACGAUCUGCUGAGCAACUAUAACAAGCUGGUCCGUCCGGUCGUAAACACGUCCGAUGUGUUGCGUGUAUGCAUCAAGCUAAAGCUGUCCCAGCUAAUCGAUGUGAAUUUAAAAAAUCAAAUUAUGACCACUAACCUCUGGGUGGAACAGUCAUGGUACGACUACAAACUGCGCUGGGAACCGAAAGAGUAUGGCGGUGUCCAGAUGCUGCACGUACCCUCCGAUCACAUAUGGCGGCCAGACAUAGUGUUAUAUAAUAAUGCUGAUGGUCAUUAUGAGGUAACACUUAUGACCAAAGCAACCGUAUAUAAUAAUGGUAUGGUCAUUUGGCAACCACCAGCAGUUUACAAAUCGUCGUGUUCGAUCGAUGUUGAAUAUUUCCCAUACGAUGUACAGACAUGUGUUUUAAAAUUGGGAAGCUGGACCUAUGACGGUUUUAAGGUUGACCUGCGGCAUAUGGACGAGAAGUCGGGCAGUAACAUCGUAGACGUCGGUGUGGAUUUGUCCGAGUUUUAUAUGUCCGUCGAGUGGGAUAUCUUGGAAGUGCCAGCUGUAAGGAACGAAAAGUUCUACACCUGUUGCGAUGAGCCGUACUUGGACAUCACUUUCAACAUAACGAUGCGCCGAAAGACGCUCUUUUACACCGUCAACAUCAUCAUUCCGUGCAUGGGCAUAUCGUUUUUAACCGUGCUGACGUUCUAUCUGCCUUCGGACAGUGGCGAAAAGGUAACGCUUUCGAUAUCGAUUUUGAUUAGCCUUCACGUGUUCUUCUUGCUGGUAGUCGAAAUCAUACCGCCAACGUCGCUAGUUGUGCCUUUGUUAGGAAAGUAUCUCAUCUUUGCCAUGAUACUUGUGUCCAUUAGUAUAUGCGUCACGGUAGUGGUGUUGAACGUCCAUUUCCGUUCACCUCAAACACAUCGAAUGGCACCGUGGGUGAAAACAUUUUUUAUUGACUUUUUACCACGAUUCCUCUUCAUGAAACGGCCACCGUAUGUCGAAAAUCACAGAAAACUGCUAUCCAAAGACCUACACGCUUGCUUUUAUCCUUAUUACUCGACUACUACAUUAAAUCGUAUAGCUCGUUUUACUAAUAGGGCUCCAUCUAAAGAAGAUCUUUCUCCGUCAAGUUUGUCAGGUACGGGGCCUUUCGGUGGAAGCUGCCAAAUACAUGGACCGAUCCAGCUGCCCCACUCGGAGUCGGAGGAACUGUCGAUGUCUACGGCUGCCGAUACGGCCGUCCCGUCCGGCAUCAAGAGCCCAGCGUUCAAACAGCCAGCCUUUUCGCACGCCGUCUGUUCGACCGAGGUACAUCGGAGUUGCUUCUGCGUGCGGUUCAUCGCCGAGCACACCAAGAUGCUGGAAGAUUCGACAAAGGUAAAGGAAGACUGGAAGUACGUCGCAAUGGUACUCGAUCGAUUGUUUUUGUGGAUCUUCACGCUGGCAGUGUUGGCUGGCACGGCCGGUAUUAUACUACAGGCCCCAACACUGUAUGACGACCGGAUACCGAUCGACAAAACGUUUGACGAGCUGGCCACCUCGACCGUCGUACGCUGUCCCCCGCAAUAACGCUCGCCGGCAUUGUCGCAGCUACCGGUUGGCUUUAGUUUCGGGUUCGGGUUGCUACUGGUGUGCGCCGCGGCCUUGAGCAGCUGCCUUUUCAUGUACGCCCGGCUGCGGGUCGCCCGGUGCACCCAGUCGGCCAAACAGAGCGUUCUAGAUGCAGGGAAGCGUGCGGGUUAUAUGAUAGGGACGAACCAGGAACCAAGCUGUGUAGCGGUAGGGCGAUGAAGAGUGUAGCGUGUCCACCGGUGUAUCUGAUCUGUCGUUUCUCUGCUAUCGGCCUUCUUUAGUAUUACACGACAUUGCACACACGCCACCGGCAAGCCGACGCAAAGCCGAACGCGUGGUCAAAGGGAUCAGUUUUACUUGUCAUUGCGUUCAUCUUCCGCUACCAGCACUUCUUGAUCGACGCUCAUUUUACCACAGAACGCAGCAAGGGUCGUACUUUGCUGUUUUAGAUUUGUUUCGACUGUACAUAUUCCGCAUGGCGCAAUGUAACGCUGCCAAACACCGAAACGUGUAGAAGAAAGCAUAUAACAGCCGACAAAAUUUAUCAGCAAAAGGUAGAUAACUACACUCACAUUCGUAAGCAUUACAAACACACCCACAUACAUACAUACACACAUACACGACAAACAGUAAUAUAUAGAUACAGAUAAUAACUACAAGAGUUAACAUUUAAGAGUAAGGUUUAAACGAGUAGAAUUUUUAUGUCUAUAAAGAAUAAUACAAAAAAAAAUGUGAAAGAAGAAAAGAGAUAUGAGAAUAAGACAAGUGAAAUACAAUAUUUUUUUAUCGAACUAUGCACAAAAGAAAAACAAACACACAAAUUUGUCCCCUAUUCCACCAUCCCACACCAGAAAACAGGUGUGUGCGGGACAAAUUUGACAGCGAUAAAGCUUCAUUUUACACACAAGACGUAGAAGACAUAUUUAAAAAAAAAACAACAACAGCAACAACAAGAACAACAAAAUAAAACAACAACUAUGAAUGAUGAAAUAAUUUCAGCUACACGUACACAAACAAUGAAACAACAUUAGAAUAAUCGAUGAAAAAGGGCUAGAGUGCAUAGAAAUGUUAACCAAACUAUUCAACAGGGAGAACACAAGAGAAAGAGAGAAAAAGAUCAUGAAGAAGUUAAAAACGAUACAAAACAAACCAAAUGGCUUAAUGGGGUUGGGCAAUGGAUGCAAAAAAAAGCAACAAACAAUGACACUUAUAUCGGGUAAAGGAAAGAAUGUGACGGAAUGAAACAAAAGGAAACGUUAUUUAAAAAAAAGUUAAGGAAGAAAACCAAACAGGUAUCAUAGUUUUAACAAAGGGAAAACCAAGGAAACCGUUAAAAAACAAAAAUCGAUUUAAAAUCAGUGUAAAAGUUAAGCAAAUAAUGCAAAACAAAAAAAAAGAGACAAAGACAACUGCUGUUGUUAUGUGGUUAACAAAAUUCAUACCGUGGUUAGGCAAAAAUGUUUAGAUUUACCUUAUUCUAAAUUAGUUACGUCUACGUGUAGUAUCUUGUAAACGGUAUAAUCAACAACUUAGAAGAAACAAAAGCAAUUUGGAACAGAACGUUGCGUUGAGUAAGAAUUUUUUUUUAAAUAUAUACUGUAGUUUUUUUCGGUAGUUUACGUAUUUUGUAACGUUCAUUGUAAAACGAAUGUUUGUAAAUUUACUUUGUUCUUGUUUUUUUUGUAGUAGUAAACCCUAAAAACAUGAAAACUGAAUAAUCUGAUGAAAUAGUGAAUAUUAAAGUGGAAAAAAUAUACUAGAACGCUAUGUUACAAGUAAAACAUAAGAAAAAGAAGGAAAACAAGAAGGAAAAGGUAGCUUUAAAGCAUACAACGCAACACAAAGAAUCUUGCUCAAUUAAAACGCUACACUGUUGUACUGGUUACAUAGUGAUGGAAAAGAGAAAUAAGUGUCGCAGGUUCACUUCUACUGCCCCGAUGUAUAAUGGAGGGGUAUUGAACGCUUAGUUAUUAGCCUAAAGUCUCUCUCUACAAUCAAUGUCCACCUAGAGCACGUGGCACUGGAUGCCAUCGAUUUGACGUUUAGUAAGCUGUUGAAUCAGCUGUCCAGUGCACCUAGCAUACCGGGUCAUCGAAAUGAUUGCUGAGAGAUUCAUUUAGUAGAGAAUGAGCGAAGAUAAGGGUAAAAAAUACAAUGAAAUAAAAAAAAAACAACAACACAUACUGCCAGCGAUAAAUAAUAUGAACGAAAGGUAAACAAAAAUAAAACGCUAGGUCUAGAUGAAUGUAUAACGCCGUUUCGUUUACCAUGCGUACAGUGGUAGUAGGUACGUUAGAGUGGGGCAAGAUGGCUCAAAAUCAAGCUCAAAAAUAGAUACAAUUGUGAUUUGUACUUUGAUAGUUAACAGUGAUGGCAUAUAUAAUUUUAACUGUUUUGUAUGUUGAUUAAGGUAAUUUCACGAGAACAAAACUCUUCUAACGAACCUUAGCACAAAGCCAUGAUUAGUGUCGUCCACUGCUCAAUAUAUGGUUAACAAGGUGACUCUAAAUCAACUGCAGUGUAGUUUGCCACAGGUUACGUUUGUGAGCGGAUUGCUUCAUUAUUGUGCGUUCGAUUAUGCUCUACACGUCAGGUUUAGUAAACAAUCAUUAGUAAAUCCGAUCGAAGGAGAGAGGGAGAGAGAGAGGGAAAAGAGAAGAAGAUAGAGAGAGUGUUAAGGCGUGUCAGUUUUGCUGUAAAACAAGUGCAAUCUUGCUCCACUCCACGCAGACAAUGAAGAUGUUGAUUUUUAUUAUCGAUUUACUAAACAGACCUCAGUAGUAACGCAAUGUACUAAUAAUUUUACUUCAACACAUCGAGAACUGGUUAUAAGUUACGAAACAAAACAAAUACUAGAUACAAAGUCAAAUAAAAUGCAGUGUUUUUAUUCUUUUUGUUACAAUUUCCGUAAAAUAGAAUACUAUCUUUACAAAAAAAAACAAAUCAAAUAUGUAUAACAAUUUACAAGUAGAAAAGUAAUGCAAAUGGCGCUCGUAACAGUAUGGGUAAACGAACAACAAAACAAAACAAAUACUAAGACCUUAUUGCAAUUUAGUUGAGCAAACGAAACCUUAUACGUGAGACGGAUGGUAGCUAUUUGCAAAUCCGCACACUCUCCCACAUAGCCCUAUCCAUUGACCAUACCUUUCCCAUCCAUUAAAAGAUGUAUAAUAAACCGGAUAAAAUCAAACUAAACUCAAUGGAAAGAUUAAAUAAAACGAAACACUAAAAUGAAGUACACAUAUAAAACAAAACUGAAAACAAGAAAAUCAUACACGCGCACAUGGGAAAGCAAAGAUGGUUAACAGAAUUAAAUCAAGAAAAACAACAUUACCUUUAGUGCGUAAAAUGGAUGAUAAAAAGGACAAAAAAAAAACAAACAAACAAAAAACGCAAGGACGAAAAAUGCAAAACAUCCUAGUAAUAACAAGUAAAGCAAAGUAUGCCGUUUCGUGUAACAAAGAUUAAUGUGUUCCUCGCUGUUCGAUGCGGUUGAUAGUUGGUGAGAAAUCGAAGGCCUUUUAUCGGUACAUAAUUUUUUUUUAACUAUUUUUAUACCAUUUUAAAACAUGCAUAUUCCGACCAGUGUUUUAUCUGUGUGCGUUUGUGGGUCAGGUUUGAACGAUUAGUUUAUAGUAUACGCAAUUUUCAAAAUGGACGUUCUACCAUUUUUAUUAGUUUCUAUUUUACACAGCUACUACCACUUUGCUAUUUUUGUUCAUAUUUUUCUGUAUAUGUAUCUCUAUCUCUCUCUUUAAUCUGUUACCAUUCAUUUACGCCACGCUACGUUAAGGUGAAUCGAUUAAUUCUCGCGUUGCAUUCGGUCAACAUGUCUAACAGCAUAAUCAUCAUUAUUCUUAGCUAUGGUACGGACACAAAACGUGUGCUAACGUACAUCCAUAACAACAAGAUCAUACGUUGGGUGUUUAUAAGAACUAAGCAACCAAGCCCCAACAAAACAAAACUGGAUAGUCUCUAAAAUAAAGGAACAAAAACAAUAUCUCCAUAUGAUAGAUGUUGAAAAUAUAAUUUAAUGUUGAAACGAAA